AUGUUUUCGACCUACGCAAUUCUUACCUGGAGCUACCUCACAAGACGAGCAAUGGCAGAGCUCUGGGCUAAAGAUGACCCGAAGGUGACGGCAAUUGUCACGGCGUUUGAAAGCGAAGAACGAGGAGAACUGAAGUCGACCUCACACGCCGAUUUCGCAAUGCCAUUUCAGGCUAGCGCAUCUUAUGGGGCCUCACUUGCACUCCUGCCAAAGAACGCCUCGACGAAGAUCCGAGUGUUGUUCAUAUGGCAUGCCUUUGAUAGCCUCAUUCAUUUAAUUCUAGAGGCAAGCUUCCUUUACAACUGCUUCUACAGCUACACGACAAAGUCUUCUGGCCUUUGGCAGUCGAACGAAGCUUUCGUCUCGCCGUACUUACCACCAAAUGUCUACUUCCUGGGACACACGGACAGAAUGUAUGGAGCAGAUUGGGGGACAGGUCCGUUCAGCGCCCUGUGGAGAGAGUAUGCCAAGGCGGAUAGGCGAUGGGGGGGAAGCGACCUUACCGUGAUAUCAUUGGAGCUUUUGACUGUCCUGAUUGGUGGACCGCUGGCAGCGUUCAUCUGUUACUGCUUGAUCAAGCAGCGACCGGACAUGUGGUUCUGGGCGACGGUGUUAGCAACUGGAGAACUGUACGGCGGGUUUAUGACAUUCGUGCCCGAGUUUCUGACAGGAAACCCGAAUCUCGAUACCACGAACUUCAUGUACCUUUGGGUGUACUUGUUCUUUUUCAACACCCUCUGGGUCUGGCUCCCGCUUUGGAUUCUGUGGGAGGCGUAUGGUCGUAUCUCCAACAACGCACUGUUCAUUCAGAGGAAUGGCGCGGCAUUGAGGAGUCUGGAUGAGCAGCGCAGAGGCGAGAACGACGGCAAGAAGCGGAAGUGA